UGACAGAACGUCGCUGUCCCGGAUAGCAAAACCCCAUCCGCCUAGACCUGUUUCCUGUGAGAAUGCUCCAUCACAAUUUAUUUUCAAUCGGUGAAGCUUUCAGCUGACCAUUAAAUGUCACCAAGUGUCGAUCUUCUAUUUGGGAAAUACCAAAGAAAAAUAGAAACACGUGGCGCCAAUUUUCCACCAUGUUGACCUCUAAAUCAUAAACAGGUGUGCCUACCUUUUUUCUGUCGCGAAGGUGUCAUCUUUGGUGGAUGGGUCACUAAAUAUUAGGAUAACCCCCAUUUUCUGAAACUUAUAGGACAAUCUUCUGACGUGUCUGACUUUGUUGGAUGGGUCAAUAGACUUGGAUUUUUUUAACUCUAUCCUUUUCUUAAGAUUACAGCAGAAUGUCUUCUGAACCUUUCAGCUGAUGUUUUCAAGACAUUCAGUCAGAACCUCCGUCAGUUCUUCAACCUCAGAGCACCAUCUAUCAAGUGACGGGCUGUGAAGGGUUCCUGUUCGUUCACACUUCACGAUGGAUGCGGUUAUUUCUGGAGUUCUUGGUGAAUUUGUCAGCAGAACCAUAUCCUUCGUGGCUAAGAAGUGCCGUGAGCAGACAACCGCGAAGGGAAUAUCUACUGUCGUCGAGGAGGCUGAAGGACGGCGCAUUGAAAAUCGAGCUAUGGUCCGUCAGAUUAGUACCAUGAGAGAGCAAAUGUUCAGAGGGUAUUACCUCCUCGACGCCUUCAGGUGCAGAGAGAGGAAUACCAAUCAUGACGAGGUUAGUCACAUGUCGUUUGCUCAAUCCAAAUUUAACCCCGCUAAGCGCUUGCGCCGCCUAGUUAGCGACACUCAGAUUGAGGGCACGGUAAUUGGUAGAGAAAACAGUAAGGAGUUGAAACAGGCUGUUCUUGUCCUAGAAAACAUGGUUGCUGAUAUGGAGGAGUUUGUUAUAUUUCUGAUGAGCUACCCUCGGAUGUACCGCCAACCUUAUGGCGCAUAUUUAUAUUUGCACAAGUAUAUGUUUGGCCGCCAAAUGGAGAGGGAGCAAGCUGUCAGAUUUUUGCUACAAGCUGAGCCUGGUGGAAAUUUGGGUGUCCUUCCAAUUGUUGGCCCUGGACAUACUGGGAAGAGUACUCUUGUGGAACAUGUUUGUAUCGAUGAUCGUGUGCGAGAUCAUUUCUCCUUGAUCUUGCUCUAUAGCGGCAACGACCUUAAAGAUGAAGUGGCGACGAAUUUUAGAGAUCAUUGUGUGAUCAAGCAUCAAAAUAUAGCUUCGGGUGAAGAAAGGUCGUUGGUUGUCAUUGAGCUCUUAGGCGAUGUGGACGAAGGGGCAUGGAAAAGGCUGCUGCACUCUGCUGAAAGAUUCAUGGCACAUGGGAGCAAAAUCAUAAUCACCAGCCAAUCGGAGAAGAUGGUCAGUGUUGGAACAACAGAAGCUCUCAUGCUAAAUUGGUUGUCUAAAGAAGCCUUUUGGUAUUUCUUCAAGAUGCUCGUCUUUGGUAGCACAGAUCCAGAGGAUCACCCGAAGUUAACAUCCAUAGCAAUGGAGUUGGCCGGUGAGAUGGGCGGAUCUUUCAUGUUCGCAUAUGUUGUUGCCACCUUACUAAGAGCAAAUCUCAGUUGUCGGUACUGGUGCAGUCUUCUGAGACACCUUAGGGUGCAGAGGCAGAAGAAUAUCUCACUGUUAGGUGAACUUUCACUUGAGGGAGGUCGGCCUCGAUAUGCUUGGAGCAUGGACAACACACGACGAGUUUCUAAGGAUAAAAGUUUCUUUCGGCUAUGUGGUGACUACCAAAGAGAGCCUACUUCUCACUGCGAGAUUCCGAAGAUAACAGCUGUGGAUCUGAUAUCAGGGACCUGGAGCGAUAUGCCACGGGGUAAAUUCGAGAUCUUGUCCUGGAGGUCUCCCAUACCACCGUACUACAGCUACGUGUGUUCUUGUGAGCUUGUGCCGCAGGAAGUACACCAGGAAAUAGAGUAGUAGAGGUGGUAUUUUUUUCCCGCUUUGAGCAGUACGGUUGUAAUUGUCAUUAAGCCAGUAUAUGGAUCCUUAAUUUUCCGUUGUGUUACUCUUCGUCUCGAUAAAUCCUUGAAAUCGAAUCUACUCCCUUUUUUCUUUUUUGUAAGACGUGUUUGGCAAGCCAAUUAACCCUGUCAAAACGUCUUAUAAAAAGGCACACAGGUUGUAGUUGAUAUUUUUCCAGACUAUUUUUAAUUAAAUGAACUGUUUAUUUAGUCAAAUGCGAGAUAUAUAAUUCAA